UGGAUGCAAGUCGUCAGCUCCCAGUCGCAGUUUCCAGUUAUAUGUUCCCAGUGCACUGUCUGUAGGCAGUUACUCAAGCUAUGGACCAGUGUCUAACACAAAAAGGCAAAUGGGCCCAGGGCGACCUUUUUGUGGAUAUUUUUUUUUAUAUUGUUUUAUAGUUUUGCUUGUUUUGAGGGGAAAGCUAGCCUACUUUAACAGUGAGCUGUACCAGGGAAUAACAUGUCCGGGGGAAACAAAGCCAUUGAGUUACAGCUUCAGAUGCGGCAAAAUGCGGAGGAUGUGCAGCGCUUCAUGACGGAGCUGGGGAGUUGGGAGGAAGACAUAAAAAAGAAGGACGAGGAGCUGAGGACGGCAGGACUUCCGGAGUCCCAGACGCUCCCACCUGUGCGCAACAAAGACUACAAAACCAAGAUGAGGGAAAGGAAGAAGAAGAAGAAGAAGGAGCCAACAGGCAAUGGUGACACAAAGGCAAAGGAGCCCAGUGAAGCCUCCAGGAUAAAAGCAUACGACUAUAGAUCAUGGGACAAGUUUGACGUGGACAAAGCUUUGACAGAGAUGGAUGAGGAAGAAAGUCCUGCAGAGUCAAAUGAGUCUGACUCUGAGGAAGCUACAGCUGAUCAGGAGACAGCGCUGGUUGAGAAAGAUAAGGGCAAUGCGUUUUUCAAAGAUGGGAAGUACGACGAGGCAAUUGAGUGUUACACCAGAGGGAUGUGUGCAGAUCCUUACAACCCUGUGCUUCCCACUAACCGAGCCACCUCCUUCUUCAGACUCAAAAAGUAUGCUGUGGCAGAGUCCGACUGCAACUUGGCUAUAGCUCUGGACAGCAACUACUUCAAAGCGUACGCACGAAGAGGAGCAGCACGGUUCGCACUGAAGAAAUAUGAAGCUGCAUUAGAAGAUUACGAGAUGGUUCUCAAGCUUGACCCCGGGAACACAGAAGCACAGAAUGAAGUUAAAAAAAUCAAAGAGACUCUCGGAGAUCAGGCACCAGUCGUCCCGAGUAAAGUCACACAGCCACAGGAGGCUCCCACAGCGGACCCCGAGCGCCAGAGGCUGAUGGAGGAACAGCAGAGACGACAGGAGGCGGCUUUACAAAAAGACAGAGGGAAUUCUUAUUUCAAAGAGGGGAAGUAUGAAGCAGCUGUUGAGUGCUACAGCGCAGGCAUGGAGGCGGACGGCAUGAACGUCCUACUGCCCGCCAACAGAGCUAUGGCCUUCAUCAAGCUGGAGAAGUAUAAAGAGGCAGAGGAAGACUGCACCAAAGCCAUUUUUCUGGACAGUACUUACUCCAAGGCUUUCCACCGUCGUGCCACCACCAGAGCGGCUUUAGGGAAACUGGAGGAGGCCAAACAAGAUUUUCAGGAGGUGUUGAAACUGGAACCAGGGAACAAGCAGGCCCUGAAUGAGCUCCAGAAACUCCAGAUUGAUGCGGCUUCCAGCGGCCUUCUCCAAACCCCUGACGGCACACAGAGGAGAACAGUUCAGCCAAUAGACAAACCAACACAUCUGCGGUCAACUAAACCUCUGAGGAGGAUUGAUAUUGAGGAAGUGAGUGGAAAAGUGACCGUGUCUGAGACGGAGUCAGGCGGGUCCAAGUCCUUCAUCCAGGAAGUGAUGAGGGAGGCCGAGGACCAAUCCUCUCCACUGUCGACUUCGCCCAGCGCCAAGAUUAUCAAGAUGGAGGAGCACGCAGAAGUCCCUUUACAAUCGUCUGAGCAAGUCCCUGCUAGCAGACAGACGGAACAACCCAAACCGGAGGAAAUGGUUCCUUCUACUGCUGUAGCAUCAGUCAGCUCCUCCUCCACAGUAGAUGAGCUGCCUUCUCCACCCACCAACAGCUUCAAGCUGGAGGCCGACUUCCGCACCAUUGGAAACCAGCCUGAAGUGAUUUACAGAUAUCUGAGGCAAAUCCAGCCCGUGGCGUACGCGACCAUUUUCCACAGCUCCCUGGAACCUGACAUCCUCAAUCAGAUCCUGAGGACGCUGCAUGCUUUCUAUAUCAAGAAUGAAGCCCCGGCCGUCACGCUGGAGAUCCUCAGAAGUUUAGCGAGUGUGAGGCGCUUCGACAUGGCCGUCAUGUUCCUGUCGUCCCCGGAGAAGAAAGUGGUUAAAGAACUGUUUGACUUCCUCCACCAAGCGGAGCUGGAGGGAUCAUCUGUCACAGCGUUACAGAAGAAGUACGGUGUGUGACGCUGCUGAUUCUAUAGACUUUUAGUUUCAACACACAGUGCUACACACAGUUACUUUCAAAAACCUAUUAUCUAAUACAGAAUAAAUGUUCAUUUGCUACACUUUUGCUAUGGCCCUGUGGAAAUAUGAUGUAAUCUACUUUCUGUCUUCAUUGCAUUUUUUUAAAUUUUUUUAUUGAAAUUCACACAUUUUAGCUUUUUAUUUGGAACAUGUUGCUUUUUAGUGUUAAGGCUGAAAAUUAAAAACACCUCCAGUGUAGAGUCAUGUUCCUUAUGCAAAAGCUGAUGUCAUUAUUCAUGAUACUUUACAAAUAUCAGCAACUGAGCAAAUAUAUAUAUGUUUAACUAUUUACUCCACAACUCUUGCCAUAACUAUAUCAGCAUGUCAAAAAAUAGUUUUUGUCAGAUAACUAUAUCUUAUAGAGGAUUAACCAGAAGCCAAAGUUUAAGGAUUACUUUGGUAUUUUUCAAUCAGGAUCCUAUUUUCUCAUGUUUUUGUGUCUAAGUGACUGAUGGUGAAAUGCCAUUUUAAUGAAAUGAGUCCAGCAGUGACCGAUGCUUUAGCCAGGAGCUGCGAUACAGGCUGCCAUGAAAUGUCCACCGUCAAUUUCUGUCCACUAACAGUGCUGUUUUGGCCUCAGACAGGCUGGCUUAGAUUUUUAUUCUAAGUGUCUGACAACAUUGUGGAAAAGAUCCCUACAGGAAUAGACCUUUUUGUUAAAGAGUAAGUUCCACAGAAACAGCCCUGAAAUUACCAUAUUUGCCAAACUCACCAUACUCUAUUUAAAUAAACACACAGAGACAACAUAUUUUUACGUGUAAAUAGGUGAAUUAAGGGAUUAUUUUAACCAAACCAGAGUGGUGAUUGUUGGAGCAGUGGAAAGACGAACCAAGACAAAUUUCAUUUUGUUUCUGUCUACUUUAAAUGAAGUGUGUUUUACAGUGAUAAAAUGAUGUUUAUUUACAUGGAGUGUGGUGGGUUUGGCUAUAGCAAUUUUAGAGCUGUUUCAUGUUAAACAAAAAGGAUCUAACUCUUUAACAAAAAGGUCAACCUCUGUAGGGAUCCUUUUCAUAAUAUCAGCAAGCCUGUCCGUGGCAAAACGAGCACAUUUUGUGGACGGAAUUUGAAGGUUUGCAAUUGCCCGUUAACUUACGUUGCACCUUGUUUCACCUUGCUUAAAACUGGACCAAUUUCAGAUUGUUGCUCCCAUUAGUUACAAACAAUGGAAGAUGGGGUCCAGGUUAGAAAACAAAAAUAAAGUUACCCUAUAAGAAGAAGUGUGAAUUUCCAACUUUUCCAAUAUCUUUUGAAUGAAACACAAAUAUGGAUUGGUCUCUGUGAGUACUCUGCUCCGUUUGAAUUUUCCUCCCAUUCUUACAAAACAAUAUGUAUUGACUAUACCUGCUCAGUUUGGCUGGAGAGAACUGUGUGAGAGAUGAGUCAGGAGUAUUUUGCAACUAUAGGUGUUAGUCUCUUUUCAGAAACUGAACAAAUAAAGGUGUAUUUUAUA